GGUGGAGUGAGAUACCUGAGGUACGCUGAGACACAGGACAGGUUUCACUGCCCGUGUACACACACAUACACAGCUGUAAACAUCAGGAAUAAAGUGUUGGAAGCCGAUUAACCUUGGGCAGCUGACACAGUGGACCAAGGAUGACAAACAUCUCCCGAUAUCUUGUUAACCACCUGCUGACAUUCUCACUCCAGGACGGGGAUGUGCAGAGUGUGGAGGAAGCCCAGUCACGUCUGUCAAUCCUGGCUCACAACAAGAAACUGUGGAGUCAACAGAUGUACCUGGAUGUCAGCACAGAGGCCAUUCAUCUCAGAGACAUACAGAGCCAGGAUGAAUUGGAGAUCUACUCUUUCAAAUCCAUCUACCGCUGUGACGCCAUCAACACAGACAAACACUUCCCAUCCCUCCUCCUGCUGGUCUGCCAAAGUGCAGAUCAGAAGAAGCCGGAUAUACACUUCUUUAACUGCGAGACUGUGAAGGCAGAGCAAAUCUGUGACGACAUCGCAUACGCGGUUUCGGGUUCCUCCAACAGCAGAAGUAAAAAGCGCCCUGAAGCCCUAAGGCUUCCUUCUCACAGUGGAGGAGAGAUGAUCGACCCUUAUGAUAUCCCGAGCCCCCCCAUCCCACAUGCUCCAAACCCCCCACCAGCCAACCCUCCACCUUACCCAGGACUCAGAGUAAACGGGGUGAACGGGCCUGACAUCUCUUUCCUGCGAGCAGAGAGAGAAGUGGGGAUCCUCAAUCACUGUUUUGACGACAUUGAGAGCUUCAUGGCCAAACUGCAGCAGACCGCAGAGGCCGCAACAGUGCUGAACCAGAGGAAGAAGAAGAAGAAGAAAAGUAAAAAGCAAAGUGCUGAAGAAGAUUUACUCACCGCAAAAGCCCGCCCUCCACCAGAGGAGGAGUUCAUCGACAUCUUCCAGAAAUUCAAAUAUUGCUUCAGCCUGCUGGCCCGUCUGAAAUCAACCAUCACCAAUCCUUCAUCACAAGAGCUUGUUCAUCAUGUAUUCAAACCUUUGGAUAUGAUGGUGAAAACAACAGGGGGACCAGCUCUGGGAGCGUCGGUGUCCAGCCCCGCCCUGACAAACUCUGCCGUCACCCUGCUACAAGAUAACCUGAAUGAGGAAGAGAAGCAGCUGUGGACGUCUUUGGGUCCAAACUGGACACUCCCACGCUCUCAGCUCAGAGGGCCUGUAGCGCCGUACACCCCUGUGUUCCUGGAUGGUUGGAAGCCGGAGGCCUUGAGGGCAGACGGGCAGGUUUGGGAGGAUCCGGUUGAGUCACAGCACAAACAUGAGGACCUCCGAGUAAAACAAGAGCAGCACCAACCCCCUCAGCCAGUCGCAGUCCCAGACCCGCGUGUCAACGAUGAAAUAGAUGGCAGCACACUCUCACCGGAGCCUGAGAGACUGUACAGUUGCACCUAUGACUUCAUAGCGAGGAACAGCAGUGAGCUUUCAGUGCAGCAGGGGGAGACACUCGAGGUGGUUGAAUCAUCCAAGCGCUGGUGGAAGUGCCGAAAUCGCUUCAACCAGAUCGGAUUUGUUCCCUUCAACAUCCUGGAACCCAUGGCUCACAUAGACAGCCCCGUCUCCACCAAACCCCCCAGUGCUCCAGCACCACCACCACUCGCCAAGACUUUCUCCGUAGUCCCACCCAGCCCUCCUGCUCCACCCCAGGCACCCUCUCACUUGCAACGCCCACUUACCUUACCGGCAUACAGCCAACAUAUACCAGCUGCAGAGGACACAGAUAAUAAAGUCAUGUUGGUGAACGACGAACUCCUCCAGAGGCUGACCAAUGGAAAGGCCAGUCUGAACAAACCUCUGGUCAUCCCUCGUGCCUCAGAGACCUCCGUUCCUCUCGAUUACCACUCUCCCCCAGAGGAGGUAACCGAGUGGCUCCAAGGGAAGGGCUUCAGUGAACCGACGGUGACAUGUCUGGGAGUGCUGACGGGCGCCCAGCUCUUCUCCCUCAACAAGGAGGAGCUACGAGCUGUGAUUCCAGACGAGGGCGCCAGAGUGUACAGCCAGCUCACUGUGCAGAAGGCACUGUUAGAGGAUGCCCGAAGAGCCACAGAGUUGGAGGCAGUCAUGGAGAAACAGAAAAUGAAGGUUGACCUGAAACUGGAGAGCAGUACAUUGUGAGCAGCGGGCGUCCACAUCAUGAAGAGUUUGAGCUGAAGGAUUAUGUUCUCCUGGCGGUGUCGUCGCUUAAGAGUGAAUUCCUUGAAUUAUUGAUUAUAUACACCAGAGAACAAACAUGUGACAGUGACUUUGACCCUCCGACGUUGUGUGUCAGAACCACAUGACACAAUUACUUCAUCUUAAAACCAAAGUAUUUAGCAGCGAAUCAGAAAUUUGAGGUUUUAAUUCAAACAGGCGCUGUUCAAAUGACUUAUGUUAACUUUAAAGUACACUAUUUGUAAUGUAUGUUGUUGAUUUUCAUGUGAAUAGUUUUUCUGUCUCAUUUCUGUCUAGAAGGUAAGGACUAACUUAAAUGAAAUGUAUUUAUCUUUGUAAACUACUUGUCUAAAUAAUUAAAACCAUGAUCAACAUGCAAAAAAAAUGGCAGCAGACAAAAAUUAAAAUGGGAUUUUUAAUUUUUUUUUUAAUUGAGACUUUAAAGAAAGAUUUCCAGCAGAACAUAAACAGAUAUGAUUUCACACAUGAGGUUAAAGCAAUGCAUCCAUUAAAAUCUGUUUGCAAUUAUAAAUCUAUUCACAAAGGAAUUUGUCCAGAUUGGGCCAAAUGUUUAUUAUUAUUUUUAAACUUUGACUUGAACCAAUAAAAGGUAUGUACAGUUAUAGCACUGACUUUCAAAUGUUAUCAUUUCUGAACCUACUGCUUCACAUGCCAACACUAACUCUGAAAUUGUCAUUUUUUUAUUUUAAAUAAAAGAAAUCAAGAUAGAAACAAGAUACUUCAAAACAGGCUUUUACUUAUACUGGCCAAACUCUCAAUCAUAUAGAUUCCCUUCACUACCAACAACAUGGGAAAAAAAAACUUGAUUAGUUUAAAGAAGAAAAAAAAAGUGUACAACCGAACAGAGAAAUAAGGUCGAUACUAAUACUUGCAACAAUAAAACCUUUUGGUUUUGAAUUGGGUUCCUAAAACUUAAACUGGGCUUUAGCAAACUAAAUGUGGACAGACAUCCAAGAACUGCACUCAACUCGACAACGUGUCGUUUACCAGGAGAAAAAGUGUUAACGGUGAGA